AUGAAUCAUUUUAUUACCCAGCAACAACAACAACAGUCAGCCGCCGCAGCAGCAGCAGCCGCUGCAGUGUCUCCAUACACAUACCAUUGUGGGGGUACAUCGUCACCACAGCAACAACACUCACCACUCUUUAAUCCACCCCACAUGUCCACAGAGUAUGUGCAAGCAGCAUUCAACAACAAUGCCAAUUAUGCAGCUGCUGUUUCUGGUCAACACCAACAACAACAAAUGCUGUUCCAUCAGCAACAUCAAAAAGAUCACUUGCAACAACAAUUAAGUCAUUCAGCUAAUCCACUAAUAGACUCUUCAAGUGAUAUUAAUAAUUAUCUCGUCGAUCCAUCCUCUUCCAUCAUGCACAGCGGAACUGCCACAGUGCCACCCAGCCAACACCAGCAACACCACAACGGCCACCAACAGCACCAGCAGCAUCACGGCCACUCAUCGUCGCUACAUGACAGCAACCCCGGCCUCGGCGUGCCACCCAUUCCAUCGACAUUUCCCAAAAACAAUGGUGUAUUCUAUGGAAUCGAUCAUAGUUCUGGACAAUUAAAAUCACCACUUGUUCAUAACCCACAACAACAACAAGGUUCAUUGCCACCACUACCACAACAACAAAGCCAUCUCAUUUCAUCACCAUUAUUAAAUUCAUCAUCUCCAAAUUUAAAUCUUGGACAACCUCAACCACAACAACAUUUACUUCACCACGUACAAUUAAACAAUAGUAACAAUGCUAUACCAUCACCUACCUUGUUGCAUCAUUCGGGCAACUCUCAUCCAACCCCUUCCCAACAACAACAACAGCACCAUAACCAACCAAUUCCUUCACCACAACUUCACCAUAGCAAUAGUCUUCCUCCAACACAUCCAAAUUCACAUGCCAAUCACCAACAACAACAACAACAAACAACCACUCAACUACACCAAAAACUAGAAAACAAUCUCAACUUGUUUUGGCAAAAACAACUCAAAGAGGUAAAGAAGCUUGAUGAUUUUAAAACUGGACAUGAAUUACCAUUAGCAAGAAUUAAGAAAAUAAUGAAAUCUGAUGAUGAAGUUAAUAAAAUAUCAGCAGAAGUACCAUUUUUAUUUUCCAAAGCAUGUGAAUUAUUUAUAUUGGAGAUUACUCUAAGAUCAUGGGUUCAUACAGAAAUGAACAAGAGAAGAACAUUACAAAGAACAGAUAUAUCAAAUGCUCUAUCAAGGUCUGAUACAUUUGAUUUUCUAAUUGAUAUUGUUCCCAGAGAUGAAAUUAGACAAACUAAAAAAUUCUAUGAGGAAUAUAAUAAAGGAGGAUUUAUUACAGCAGAGUAUAUGCAAUUUUUACAACAUUUGGCAGACCAACAAAAUGGCAGUGCAAUUAUGGCUAGUCAUGGAAUGGGUAUGAAGAGAUCAGUGUCAAUGGAGAAUUGUGAGUCUGAUGACAUGAGUCCCAUGUCGAGCAGUCCCAAGAAACGUAGUUUCUCACACGACUUUACAAUGAGUGAUUAUGCGCACCAACAACAACAACAACAAAACCAAAUGUACUAUUAUCAGCAACAAAAUGCUUUAAAUGCACAUCAUCAUCAUCAACAACAACUUCAUUCUUCUGCCAAUGCAAUCAUGGUGAAUAAUAACAGUAACAAUAACAAUAAUAAUAAUAAUGUUCAACCUGCUGGUUCAUCAAGUAACAAUAACAGUAGUAAUGGUACAAAUACACCAACCGGUCAUCCAUCUCCUCCAUUUCAACAACCUCCUCUUCCUCAAACACCUACCAGUACCAACAAUGCCGUAAUGAAUCUACCAAAUAUUUUAAAUAGUAAUGGUGGUGGUGCAAAUACCAACAACAUUCAAAUGGCAAAUAAUCACCAACAACAACAACAACAACACCAUUUAAAUACUAGUCAAAAUAAUAAUUCUUUUUUACAUCAAUAUUAUGAUGCAUAG